AUCCCAGGUGGAGCAAAAUGGCGCGGGAGAACGAGAUGCAGGAGUUCACCCGUAGCUUCUUCCGAGGGCGCCCGGACCUCAGCACGCUCACGCAUUCCAUCGUGCGGCGGAGGUUCUUGGCUCACACGGGCCGCGACCACCUGGAACUCGAAGAGAAGCAGGAGCUGAAGCGGCUAGUGGAGGAGGAGCUGCUGAAGAUGCAGGUGGAUGAAGCGGGUGCCAGGGAAGACAGCCUAGGCCUUGCCAAGAAGGUGAAGAGGCCUCCCAUCCCCUGCAGUGACUCAGAGAGAAAAAGAUUCCGUUUCCAUUCUGAGUCAGAGCCCAGCUCUGCAGCCUCCAGUCCAGACUGCUUUGGCCCCCCAGCAAAGAAUGGGAUGACAGCAGCAGAAGUCAGUCCAGCCAAGGGGGAGAGUCCAAAGCAAGCCUCAAAGAAAGCAGUUGAGAGCAGCGAUGAGGAAGAACAGCAGAGGGACCUGACUGCAAAGACUGGAUUAGAGGAGAUGGUGAAGGAGAGCAGUGACGAGGAGGAAGAGGGCUCUGCCAGAACGAGUAAGGUCUGGAAGGAAGAGAGCAGUGACGAGGAGGAAGAGGGCUCUGCCAGAACGAGUAAGGUCUGGAAGGAAGAGAGCAGUGAGGAAGAGGAAGAUGAGGAAAAGAAAGAGGAGAAGGAAGAGGAAAAGGAAUCCAAAGGCAGGACUAGGAAGAAACCUGUGACAAAGAAUAAGCAGGCACCAGGCAAGACCUCAGCCAGUAGGAAGCAGGCCAGGGAGGAGAGUGAGGACAGUGAGGAGGAACCUGUCCAGAGGACAGGAAAGAAGGUGGAGGGAAAGAAAGGAGCUAAAAGCCACCAGGAAACUGAAAAGGAUAGUGAGGAGGAGGAGAUGCUAGCCAAGAAGAGAGAGAACCGAGAGGAAGAAGAGGCGGAUUGGAAACCCAGAGCCUGGAACAAUCAAGGGAAAAGGUCAGCUUGGGAGGAGAGGAGCUGUAAGCAGAAAAGCAGGGCAGCGAGAGUGAUGGGAGACUGGCGAGACCGAGAGGAAGAGACGGAGAAAGCAGCAGCAGGCAGUGGGGAUAACAGCGGGGGAGAUGAAGAGUCCCCAGUGCAGAAGAGCAAGGACAAGACCCAGUGGAAGGGUGGCAAAAGGCAGAGUGGAAGCAGUGAGGAAGAUGGGGAAGACAGCUGGAGGAACGUGAAACCAACUACUAAAGGCACUGGAAAGACAGCCAACGUGGGCAGUAUCAAUGGUGAGGCAAGUGACUCGGAGAGGGAGGUGAGUGACAGUGAGGCAGGGGGUAGCCCCAAAGGGGAGAGGAAGAACCGUUCUUCCAAGAAGAGCUCCAAGAAAAGCAGGACACGAAGCUCCUCCUCCUCUUCCGUAGAUGGCAGUCCGGAAACUAAAGGCGGGAAGGCUGGCUCUGUUCGCCGCGGUGAGGAUCACCCAGCUGUGAUGAGGCUAAAGCGCUACAUUCGGGCCUGUGGUGCCCAUCGCAACUACAAGAAGCUGCUGGGCUCCUGCCGCUCACACAAGGAGCGCCUGAGUGUCCUCCGGGCAGAGCUGGAAGCCCUGGGCAUGAAGGGUAACCCUUCCUUAGAGAAGUGUCGGGCCCUGAAGGAGCAGCGGGAGGAGGCAGCCGAGGUGGCCUCCUUGGACAUUACCAACAUCAUCAGUGGUUCAGGCCGGCCACGCAGACGCACGGCCUGGAACCCUUCAGGAGAAGCAGCACCCCCAGGGGAGCUAUACCGCAGGACCCUGGACUCAGAGGAAGAGCAGCCCCGCCCCCCACCCCCAGACUGGUCACAUAUGCGCGGCAUCAUCAGCAGUGAUGGCGAGAGUAACUGAGCUCCCUCCAUCCCCUAGGAGGGACUUCCCACUUGUAGCCAGCGUAUAUAGCACCCCCACCCCCAACUCUGUGCCUGCACAGAACAGAAGCAGCUUUCUUCAGAGAAGACCUGCAGCCCCCAGGGACACGAGUUGUUGGGAUCCUACUUCUCAGCCUCAUGUUUAAGGUGUUUACAGUUUAUUUUUUAAGACUCAAUAAAGGAGUGUUUGAAUCACCUCA